AUGGAGGGAGAUUCUGUCACUUUAUCUGUCGAUCUCAAUGACACACAGAGAAAAGAGGGGAUCUCCUGGAAGUUUGGACCUCAGUACAUCACCAUAGCAGAAAUUGAAGUUGGUGACAGUAACAUGCGUUUAUAUGAAGAGAGAGCUAAUGGGAGAUUCAAAGGCAGACUGAAGUUGGAUCACAGUGGAUCUCUCACCAUCACAAACAUCACAACCACAGACGCUGGACUUUAUAAAGUGUCCCAAACCAGCGCAGACAAACAACUCAAUAUAUUUCAUCUUACUGUCUAUGCUCCUCUUCCGGUUCCUGUCAUCACAAAUGGCUCUCCAGAAAACACUUCAUCAUCAGAAAGAUCAAACUGCUCCUUGCUGUGUUCAGUGUUGAAUGGGAGAGGUGUAACUCUCUCUUGGUACAAAGAAAAAAGUUUAUUGUCCAACAUCAGUGAGUCUAAUCUCAACAUCAGCAACAUCUCUCUACCUCUGGAGGUGGGUUAUCAGGAUACAAACACAUACAGAUGUGUGGUCCAACAUCCUUUAAGCAACCAGACUCAAGAUUACUGCCUUACUCAUCUCUGUCAGCAGUGUUCAGUUUCAGGUCUCUCAUUCAUUGAAAUUGUUCUCAUCUGUUGUGUUGUUGGAGUUCUGAUUAUUGUAGCUGCAGUUUUGAUCUAUUGCUUCUGCAGGAAACCCAGGACUAAAGCUAUAAAAAUUGAAGUUACUGAAGAGGAUAUUAUUCGGUAUUCAGAACCAUGAGACAGAGUCACUGUAGUUGGACAUUUAGAUUACAGUAAAUAUCUUUGCUUAAUACAUCAGUUAAGUUUUAAAUGCUCGUGUGGACAUUGGAAUUAACUAGCUCUGUCAACCAACUUCAACAGGUCAACUUUGUUGGCAAGGUUUCAUUUGUUACAUCAUUUGAUGUCAGAGUUCAACUUUAGGAGUUAAAUUAAAUAAUGUGUCACAGUAUAUCAGAAGUUGAGACAGAAGCAGACUGUGACAAACAAGGUUGAGACUUUAACAGUCAGCGCUGUCUGAAGUAAAACUUCACAUCCUGUGGGAUUCUAUGAGUAUAAGUGGGUUAGUUUAUUUUUUAUUAUUAGCUUUAAAAGUAGAACUUUUUAAUUCCACAGAUAUGGUAAAUAUUAAAGGGGCAAUGUUUCUUCGUGUAACCAAGCAGCUAUAAAUUGGGGCACUGAAGAACGGCUCUGGUGAAGACUUGUACCUGUAAUUUGUGAAUGUUUACUUUGAAUUUGUUUAUUAAACCGUGAUUAUUUGUAACGGUGAUUCAUUAAACUUCUCAUAAAUAAGUCUUCAUAUAGUUAUAACAUUAUCCGAACCUGAAAAGGCCGAACUACAGCUUGAAUAUUGGGGGGACCGAAACAUUCAGGACUAUGCUUUAUGCAUCAAAACAUACCAGAUAAAUGCAGAGUAUUUAUGGUAAUGAAGUUUAAUAGUUACGCUUAACAGAAAAAUCGCUGGACCUGAAAUGACAAACUAAAGAAGCAGUGAAGACAAAAACGGACUGUGACCACAAACUUAAAGACAAAAAUUAUAGUGAGAUGGUCAGUCUUCUCAGUUCUUCGGUUAAUCUUUAUUUCAAAUCUCUUAAUCUGUUGAAGUUCAUGAGAUUCCUGUCUUGUGUCUCUUCAGAUAUUCUUAAUUUUUUCAUUUGUUUGCAGUUUUUGUGUGUUUUCUUUAUCUAGAAACCAAACUUAAUCUAAAGCAUCUCAGUCCAACAUCUCUAACAUUUAUAGACAGUUGUGUCUUAUAUACAUGACUAUACUCAAAUGAUAUUAAGUUAACUUAAAGUGUC